CAGAUAGAGCUGUACAGCAGUCGCGGCCUUUGCCGGCAGUGUAGUCUCACCCGCCCGGCCCGGCCCUGUGUACAUACGGUGAUAAUGCCUAAUUCACAAGGUGUAUCAAGGCAGGCCCCGGGCCGUCAGUGAGCUAAGUGUGUGUCAUGAACCAUGUGCCCGCCUUCGCUUCUGCCAGGCACGCGCCAGCUGGUAUUCCGGCAACCGGCCGUUCAGUGUGUGCAGAGUGGGAGUAACAGUAUAGCUCUACAUAUACUAUUAAGCUGCUGCCUUGGGGUGCACGCACUUGUCCACGCCGACAUAACGGUCCCGAAAACUUCUCGUUUCGGCCUGAGGGGUCGCAUCAUGUAUCACACCAGCCUCUCAACUAUGAGAUUUGAAUUCUGAAGUUUGCAUAGUGACAGGGACGAGGAGACAACGAGCGCGCAUCACUUCUCUUAUUGGCAUUCAGAACGCUUUUGAACCUGCCGCGCUAUGCCUGGUUGUGCGGGCGUCUCAGCCGCACGUUUGGCCAUAGCUUAUGGCUGUGUCAUUGGAGCGGCAGCCAGUUCAGUUCUGGGCGCCCUGUUGGUGAUCUUCCUCCCGCUGAACAAUGACUUGUUCCUGGCGUCAGCGCUGGCGUUCGCAGGAGGCAUCAUGAGCUAUGUGUCCUUCAUAGACAUCUACAGUAAUAAAGCAGUCGGGUCCUUCGCCGCUGCGGGUUUCUCCCCGGCUUUGUCGUACCUCCUGGCAUCAGUAUGCUUCUUUGCUGGCUUCCCAAUCUCGUACGUGCUGGAUAAGCUGGCAGACAGUCUUGUUGAGCGGUACAUACAACGGAGAGGCAGUCGCAAUGGGGGUGGCAAUGCUAGCAGUAUAGACGCAUCCGGUGACCGCAGCAGCAGUGGCGGCAAGAUACAUAUCUGCGUGCAGCACGCCUCGCCGCACAUCACGGCCACCGAUAGGUCAGCCGGCAUGGCGGGUGCAGAGGUCGCGCACACGGGCGAUGGCAUUGCCGGCUCCAGCCGGGCCACGCUCCGGUGCAGCUCAGGCAAGGUCGAGGCGCGGGCGCCGGUGGACCUUGACAGCGGCACACUCGCCUACGCCGCCACCGACACCACCUUUUCGGCCUUCACGUGCCCAGACACCAACUGCGGCUGCGGAAGCGGCGUGCCAUCGUCGGCGGUCAAAGGCGCCGCGGUGACAGGCGAGCCUGCCGCCCUGGAUACGCCUGGCGGCGCCGCCACGGCCCAGAAGGGCCAGCAGGAGGGCUCCAAGGUCUCGAGGGUGCAGGUGGCGCUGGAGGCGCCCCUGGAAUUGGGCGCAGUGGCAGCGGAGGUGGAGGCGGAGGUGGAGCGGUCUCGCGCGCUGGUGCACAUGGGCUUCCUGGCGGCACUGGCCGUGGCGCUGCACAACUGCCCCGAGGGCCUAGUCACCUUCGUGGGGUACAUGAACUCCAUAGGCGCAGGUAUCACCACCGCAGUGGCCAUCACGCUCCACAACAUCCCCGAAGGCAUGGUCAUCGCCAGCAGUGUCUAUUACGGCACCAAGAACCUGACCACCGCCCUAAUGUGGGCCUCCAUCGCCGCCCUCACGGAGCCCCUGGGCGGGCUGAUCGGGCUGGCGGUGGUGUGCGGCGGCUCCAUGACUGACACCGUGUUCGGCAUCCUGUUCGGGCUGGUUGCGGGCAUCAUGGUGUACAUCAGCCUCAAGGAGCUGCUGCCGGGGGCGCGCAGGUUCGACCCCAAGGACAAGGUCACCACACUCAUGACUGUCCUAGGUAUGGUCGUGAUGAGUGCGUCCCUCACCGCCAUCAUGUACUCGCAGCCGGGCGGCCCCGCCAGCACGUCGUCGCCAGCUACGGUCACGGUACCGCUAGUGUGCACAAACGCUACAGCGGCCCCAGCAGCCCCAGCAGCCCCGUAAACGUACCCUGCAUUCAUCAUACCACCUGCACAGGGCCAUGAGUUCACGUGUCAUGUACCCGCGGUGUCAUAGCUAGCUAUGGGAUGGGGGGGGGUUAAAUGUGCCCGAGCCCAAUGAAAAGGGGGCACAAGCAUUAGGUAUGCAGACGGGGUAUUGAGCGGUGGCUGAUAUUAGCAUUAUGCGUGGGGCUUGCGCACCGGUCUUGGUUCAUUUACUAAGAACGUACGUGCAGAAGAGAACAGGAACGCCGGUUGUAUGGGGCUCUCGUUGACCAUCAGAUGUAGGUGUGUCCUUGGGUGACAAGUAGCAGUGGGUUCUGACACGGACACAAAUCCCCGGAAUUCCUGGGAGAAUACACAUGAGUUGUGGGACGCAGGAGUAUGUAGCACGUUUGGCAAGAGUGGGCCUUGACGCAGUAGCAGUAGUGGGCUCGGCUCAGUCGUCGUACUUCACCUUGAGACAGCAGUUCUUUGUGUGGGGCACGACCGAAACGCGCGCUGCCAGGCGUAGAGGAGCCAGCGGCCAAUGCCAGCGGCAAACCUGAUUGCGUCCUCACGUACCUUACUUCAUUGUUUGUGCCUAGGUUGAACCUCCUUUUUAAGUGAAUCGCGUGCUUUUGUACUUGGUGGCAUUAAAGCAGUGGCACGCGGUGUGAGUAUCAUGCUGCGCUAUGCCUACAUGUGUCCUUAGUGUUCUUAGCCAUCAAUUUUGUUGACGCCACGCGCGGGUAUGGGGCAUUGCAUGACACAGCAUGGCAUAAGCAAACAUGAAUUCUCUUCAUCCGGUCCGUAUGUCCUUACUUACUGCUAUGAGAAGAGGGGCAGUUACCGUAGUGUGGGUGUUGGACGACUGAGGGAGCGGCAUGGCAAGUAGGGAUGGUCACAGGAAGCGGCGCCGUGCCAACGGCGUCCAGCGUGCGUCUUAAGGUUUCUCAUUCACCAGUAGAAAUACAGUAAGAAGGAUAAGUCCUGGUGUGAAUCGAGCACCACACGUAGUCACAAGUAAGCAAGAUGUGUGCGAACGUGAAUGGGGGGGUUCAAGUGUGGGGGGGGUGAAGUAAGUGAACGCGCGGGGCGGCGGAUUGGGCACGCCUGCGAAGUUGUGUGGACCCUUGCCCCGGAAACUUGACCCUCUUCCUCCUCAAGACGCAAGUUCUGGCCGGCCGUAAAGGCCUGUCAAGGACCCGUUUCACGGAGUCGGUGCGCCUCGGGCCUGCGAGGGGAGGUAGGUUGCGAUCGAUCCCCCGUGGCGGAACCAAUACGGUAUGUACGGUGUGGACCGUACAGUAUAGACAGGAA